GAUUUAAUAACGUAAUAGGAACAUCAUUAGCCUAGAUGGGUAAAUAAGCAACUUGAGAAGAGGCAGAUUUGCAUAAUUAGUGCAUAAAUUUAAAAGUUCUUAAUAAUGCGGAGACAAAGGUAUCGCUGAUCAGCGUGUCAGGGAUACGAGCUAUCCGUCCGUCUCGACACAACAAUGGCCGCCCCCGUGGUUACGUGCACAUGCAGCACCUGCUCGAAGGCUCGUGUAACACUCGACAGAAUCUUGGACGUGCUAGACACGCACGGCUGGUUGUUAGACUCAUAUGUCGUGGAUUUCUUCCAAGAGCAACUGUGGGAGAGACUGCCAAGCAGCUGGAGGACCGCUCUGCGAACCGUGUCGCCCGACGAAUUCGGAAAGUGGUUAGCUGGCGACAUCUCGCGCUCACGCGUGUGGCCAUUGUCAUUGCUCGCGCUUCGACAAGUUGCAAAAGAUUUGCAGCUAAACAGAGAUCAUCGCACUGACGAGAGCGCUUGGCGAUGCGACAGAAGGGAAAAAUCUGAAUGCAGUUCGGAAAAUUUUGUCUUGGGAAAUAAAAGUGAGAGAUUACGCGAUACUCCGGACAAGCACAAUAAUCUUUUUCUGAAACACGUUAAAAUAAAGAAACGACACGAGAUACAACAGAUAGCGCGGAUAUGCGCAGAUUGUGCGCGAGAAUCCAAUGCCAAAUGCAUUGUAGAUGUUGGAGCAGGUGUGGGCCAUCUCGCCCGAUCUUUAGCAUUUAAAUAUGGCCUACACGUAAUGUGUAUCGAACAAGAUUCAUUACUAUCACAGCAAGCUAGGAAAUGGGAUAAGGAAUUGUUAGUAACCCUAUCUAAACAUUUGCCUGAUUUGUCAAUAAAUAUGCCGCAACAUGUAUCGAUCAAAUUGGAAAAUACCCACUCAGAUCAGUCAGAGAUAAUUGGGGACAUGCGAAGAAUAUUUUCUGAUAACUUUAAUUUAAAUGGAGAGGAAUCUGAAUUUGGCAUUGUGGGGCUGCAUCCAUGUGGAGAUCUUGCAGCCACGUUACUGAGGCUUUACACGUCUCGGUGCGAGGCGAGAUUUAUUUGCAUCGUGGGGUGCUGCUACAUGAAGCUGACAUUAGAAAAUUCCGCGGAUGUUGCAAAUGGAUAUCCACUCAGUAAAUACCUGUCGUCAUUUGCGAAACACAAAUUAUCCUAUACAGCAUUAGAAGUGGCGUGCCACGCUAUCGAAAGCUACUGCGAUAAACUGAAGACUGGGAACUACGAAGAUUUGAUAGUGCACGCUUAUAGAGCCGCUCUAGAAACCAUUUUAAUAAAACGAAACAGUCAGUUACGUCACACUCAAGUGAGGAAUGUUAAAGUGACGAGACCUGUUACGUUUGAACAAUACUGCACGACUGCAACUUCAGGCUUUGAGCCGAAUCUUCAACCUGAAGAUUCAGAUUUACAAAAUCCUCAGAUAAAAUUUUAUCUGAGUCAGUGGCAACAGAUUGUGAUAUUCGGAGCAUUGCGUACAAUGUUGGCACCUUUGGUGGAAACCGCGGUGUUGCUGGACAGGUUUCUAUAUUUAUCUGAAAAUGAUUUAUCUCCUGUAUUGAAGCCUAUUUUCGAUCCUAGAUUAUCUCCUCGAAAUUUUUUAUUAUUUUCAAUGAAAACUGCCGUACAAUUGCUUUCUUGAUUGUCCGAAUCUUUUUAUACUUCAUAUAAAAAAAAUUUCACAGAAAUUAUAUCUAUAUAUAAAAUAAAAGAAUUAAACAUUUAC